AUGUCCUGCUAUGACCUGUGCUCCAUUGGUGGCUCCGGCCUCAUCGGUGGCUCCGGCUUCAUCGGUGGCUCCGGCCUCGUCCGGCCCCAGCCCCUGGCCGGCAGCGGGAACGAGCCGUGCGUCCGCCAGUGCCCCGACUCCACCACCGUGAUCCAGCCUCCCGCCGUGGUGGUCACCUUCCCCGGCCCCAUCCUCAGCUCCUUCCCGCAGGAUUCCGUGGUGGGAUCUGCUGGAGCUCCCGUCCUGGCAGCCUCGGGGGCCUCCCUGGGCUAUGGGGGAUUUGGCUCUGGGGGCUAUGGGGGAUUUGGCUCCCUGGGUUACGGGGGUCUCUAUGGGUAUGGGGGCUCCUCUCUGGGCUAUGGGGGUCUGGGGUCCUGUGGGGGCUCCUCGCUGGGGUUCCGGGGCCUGUAUGGCUCUGGGAGAUCCUUUGGCUCCUGCAGCCCUUGGUCGUCCCGCUACGGCCGCUACCGCCGCGGCAGCUGCGGCUCCUGCUAAACGCCAGGGUGAAAUCCCUCGACUCAUCAAACAACACCGGUGGAUCCUCACCUGAGCUCCCGAGGAAGGGGCAGAGCAUCAGAGUGGAGUCAGAACCUCUCUAGGAAUUCUCCUUUUUGUUUCCUCCUCCCUUUGUUUGGUGU